UAGCUAUCUCCUGUCAGGAAAAUGGAAAUGUUGGCCACGGUCUGAUCUUGAAGUUAAGGGACUUCAUGAUGGCAUCAAUUCCAAAACAUUUGCGUGGUGCUGGUAUUGCCUUGGGUUCCGCUGAGUGUUUACAAAAUAGCCCCAGUAAGGAUAGCACCAACUGGCAAAUGGAGAAGGACAAGAACGGAGUGGAGAGGAACCCUGUUAGGAAAAACUGAGCAGCAUCCCAUCUGGUAGGCAAGUCUGCUUUUCUCCCUGCUGGGAUCUGCCCAGGAAAUGUGGGCAAGUGUGAUGGCUUCCCUGUGGGCCUGCAUCCUGGUGGCUGUAGCCACAGAUACGCAUCAUCCCAGGAAUUCUGCUCUGUAUCAUCUCAGUAAGCAGCUAUUACAGAAAUAUCAUAAAGAAGUGAGACCAGUUUACAACUGGACCAAGGCCACCACAGUCUACCUGGACCUGUUUGUCCAUGCUAUAUUGGAUGUGGAUGCAGAGAAUCAAAUAUUAAAGACGAGUGUAUGGUACCGAGAGGUCUGGAAUGAUGAAUUUUUAUCCUGGAACUCCAGCACAUUUGAUGAGAUUAGAGAGAUCUCCCUUCCUCUCAGUGCCAUCUGGGCCCCCGAUAUCAUCAUGAAUGAGUUUGUGGACAUUGAAAGAUCCCCUGACCUUCCCUAUGUUUAUGUGAACUCAUCCGGGACCAUUGAGAACUCUAAGCCCAUCCGGGUGGUCUCCGCAUGCAGUUUAGAGACAUAUGCUUUUCCAUUUGAUGUCCAGAAUUGCAGCCUAACCUUCAAUAGCAUUCUGCAUACAGUGGAAGAUGUAGACCUGGCCUUUCUGAGGAGCCCAGAAGACAUUAAGCAUGACAAAAAGGCGUAUUUGAAUGACAGUGAGUGGGAACUUCUUUCUGUGUCCUCCGCAUACAGCAUCCUGCAGAGCAGCACUGGAGAAUUUGCACAGAUUCAGUUUAAUGUGGUGAUACGCAGGCACCCCCUCGUCUACGUCGUGAAGCUGCUGAUUCCCAGCAUCUUUCUCAUGCUGGUGGACCUGGGGAGCUUCUACCUGCCACUCAACUGCCGAGCCAGGAUUGUGUUCAAGACCAGUGUGCUGGUGGGCUACACUGUCUUCAGGGUCAACAUGUCCAACCAGGUGCCACGGAGUGCAGGGAGCACCCCUCUGAUUGGGUACUUCUUCACGAUCUGCAUGGCCUUCUUGGUUCUCAGCUUAGCUAAGUCCAUCGUGUUGGUCAGGUUCCUCCACAGUGAGCAGCGUGGUGGGCAGGAGCAGCCCUUCUCAUGCCUCCGAGGGGACACCAAUGCUGACGGGCCUAGAGUGAAAGCCAGGGCCCAGGGUGCUGCGGUAACAGAGUCCUCACUCUAUGGAGAGCACCUGGCCCAGUCAGGGUCCCUGAAGGAAGUCUGGGCACAGCUUCGAUCUAUCAGCAACUACCUCCAAACUCAGGAGCAAACAGACCAACAGGAGGUAGAGUGGCUGGAGCUCCUGUGCCGCUUUGACCAACUACUCUUCCGAAGCUACGUUUUCAUGCUGGGGCUCUACACCAUCACUCUGUGCUCCCUCUGGGCACUGUGGGGUAGCGUGUGAAGACUGAAGUGUUCUGAUCUCAACAAUUGUGCUGUCACUUAAGGGAGAGAGGAGGGGAGUAACAGUGGGUGAAAAAGCUUUCUGGGUGGAAUGUGGUGGCUCUUGUCUAUAGUCCCAGUGCUUUGGGAGGCCCCGGCAGGAGGAUGGAGAUUGCUUGAGUCUAGGAGUUUGAGACAAGCCUGGGCAACAUCGUGAGACCCAUCUCCACCAAUACAUAAAUAAAUAGCUGGGUAUAGUGGCUCAUGCCUGUAGUCUCAGCUACUUGGGAGGUUGAGGUGGGAGGAUUUCUUGAGCUCAGGGUUUCAAGGUUGCAGUGAGCCAUGAUUGCACCACUGCACUCCAGGCUGGGUGACAGAGCAAGAUCCUGUCUCAAAAAAAUAAAAUAAAAAGCUAUCCGUCUUCA